AUGGUGCUGGUCUGGAGUGCAGGUCAGUAUGGAUUCUGCUUAGUUAGUAGACAGCUCAAUCACGCACUGGCUCUAACACUAUCCAGGCCUCAUAUCAGAAAGCGCAAACGCACUCCGGUAGUUGAGGCCGACUUCCAACAACCAGCGGCUAUACCCCACCGUAUAGCUAUCGACCCCGGCCAGACGCCAGAAAGUCUCCCACGAUUGAUCGGGCACUAUGAUCGCUCUAAAAAACAGGAUGAUGCCUCGGGAGAUCCGACGCCAACAUCGGUUUCAACUCACUCACCACAGCGAGAACCUCAGUCAAGCUUUCUCGGACGUUCCAGCUACAUCACCAGCACUGACUUAGCUGUUGACGAAGAUGAUGCAAGGCAAUAUCAGUUGCCUAGCUCUAAUGGGACACCUACCUUCUCAGAACUCCAAUCUAAUAUGAUUCAAAACGCAUCGGUCAUCAGUCUGCCUCACCAAUCUUUACGACAAAGUUUGAUUCAAAGUUUCCUCGAUCGAGGAAAGCCCUGGAUGCCAAUCAUUGACCAGGAUGAUAUCCAUCAGCUUGAAGCCCAGAGCUCGAGCUCGCUUCUGUUGAUGGCGGUUCUUGUGGCAGGGAGCAAAGUCUCCACGGCGCAUAAUGCGCGGGAGUGGGGAGAGAGGUGCUAUUUCUACGCCAAAGCGCUUUUUACUUACGGCUCCUGGCGCAACACGUUGGAGGCCAUCAUCUCCACCGUUCUUCUGCAAUGGUGGAAUCCAUCCGGUCCGGAACAUGUCUCGCUUGACAGCAGUGGCAUUUGGCUCAGGAUCGGGGUUGGCCUAGCUCAUCAAAUUGGCCUUCACCGAGAGCCAGAUCCCAAUAUGCCUGACUUCCGUCUUCGCCGACGAUUAUGGUGGACGAUUUUGACUAGGGACAAUCAAAUAUCCACGAGCCAUGGCCGACCCCGAGCCGUCAGCCUCGAAGAUUCCAACGUCCGGCCCUUGCGACUGAGUGAUUUCGACAACCCCGACGACCAAGAUGCUUCGUUGUUCCUUGCUUUUGUGCGCAUCGUCUCAAUCCUGGGGGACAUCACCGAACAUCAUCGUCGCGGCAGCAUGACCGAGAUGAACCGCCUCAAUAUCGAAACGGCAUUACUGCAAUGGAUCAACGAAUUGCCCCCCGCUCUUCGUCUCUACGAUAAAACCUCACGCGCCCUCAAUCCAUACGACUUCAAGGCCCGCCAAUUGCACAUUCCCUACUUCGUCGCACUGGUCAUUUUCUACCGCUCGGAAAGCCCAGGGCACAUGCAACCGUUUUCUCUGGGAAGCCUCUUAUCCGCAUCUUUCAUCUCGGGAAUUUUUGAUGAAUUCCUGGCGUGGGGGGACGUUAUGUUUCUUGCCCCGGCGUAUAUCUUCUAUCUCUUGGUCGCAGGGCUGACUCAGAUCUCCUCACAUCGCGACUCGACUCUGUCAAAAAAUGCUGAACAAGAGAUCCACACCGUCCGCACAGCGUUGGACAUUCUCAAGAAACGCUUCCCCACUGCCCUGGGCGCAGAGCGCAUCUUCGAAAACCUACUCAAGAAAUCACGCUCAUUAAGCCCCCGCCCUAUGAGGCCGCAGACCGUUUACAAAGGCUUAUCCCCCGUCCAGAAAGAACUUCUGUCGCCAUUUGGACCAGCUCUAUGUGCGUCUUGGCCAAUAGUAUUUGGCAAGCAUGUUGAUGGAGCUCCAUUUGAUAAAUUGGCAUUGCCUUUAUCGAUGGCCGAGCGCCGCCAGCAAGAGUCGCGCGACGCUGAAACGCAGAACUGUACGGAAGGCCAGGCGCUUGUAAACGGGGAUGUCUUUGUCGAUUUUGUCGAAAACACCAACGAACUAGGUACCGUGCUUGGUGGGAUGCCAAUAUCGCAAUUGGAUGAUGGGCUAGGUAAUCUCACUUUUGGUGGACUGGACUUCUGGCUUCCUGACUGGAUGGGUCCGAACGGCAUAUAA